CCGUACAAAGUCUUAGACAUUCGACUCGAGGCGGACACAUUGGCUGCGCGUUCCUGCAGCACACCAACGAUGCCCACCUUCAAGUCUGCAGGCGUGUCUGCCACCCUCUUCUCGUGCGAAUUGAGCGACUCCAUCGCAGAUCCAAUUUUGCCCAGUGCAAAAGAGGCAGCGCGCGUCGCGUCGGCUCUCCGAACUGGUAGAACAUUGGAUGAGAAACCGAUUGGCGUCGAUGGAGGCUCGAGAGGCGUGCUGCGCUACAUCGGCGAGCAUGAGGACAUGCCAUUGAUGAUGGUCGAGGCUGGCGACCAUUUGAGGCGAGAUUGGCCUCCGGUAUCAGUGCCAGACUUGGAUAGCUCGUUAUCAAGCAUCGACUCUGCAUUGACAUCUCUUGGCCCAACUCCCACGCCCAGCCCAGCGAAUGCACAGCGCUAUCUAGCUCAUUCCCACGCGCAUCCAGCUCCCUCCAUUGAGCCAGUUUCCCCCCUGUCCGCCUUUUAUCGAACAUUUCCAAGCAAGCAGGCGCUUCGCCUGGCUGUCAAGACCCUGCCGGCCGCUCACGUUUAUACUGGAAGUGAGAAGCCAAAGUCCAUCGAAAUCGACCUCAAAAUCGAGGUCUUCGUCAAUGGCGACCUUGCAAACUCCGAAUUCAUCAACACAAAACGAGUGUCAAUGUCGAACGAACGAUAUUUCCACGGUACUAGGAUCGACACUCAGGUCGAGAAGCCAUGGGUGUAUGAUGCAUCCGCGCACCUACCCACAGCUACAGCAUCGAUGUCACCUAAGCAUCCAGGACCACGGCCAACUUCUGAAGACGGCGGGGAGGUCAACGCUCGCUGGAAGUCGAUCUCCUCUUCGCUCGCCACUGAGGCCUCCGCUCGAAGUGAUACUCCCACGGGAUCAUACCUGGACGCACUUGCUGCCGUUCCCAUUCCUCACCGGCUAGAAGGAGCCGAGCAGCUGGGAGUGAUUGAUGUCCUGGUCACUACAGGAAGAGGCUACAAGUAUGCACCUAAUAGAGGCUACAUCAAUCGGCCGACUAGAAUGGACAAUAGGAAGUCCAAGACUCGGAAAGCUCCUAGUGGAAAUGAGGGAGAUACCGCGCAACAGCCGCCAAGAAAGAAGAGCAAGCUGGACCAUGCUCCAAAUCAACUAUCCCACCCACAAGAUUCCACUAUAUCGAGCGACUCAGUAGCAGAGCUUGCUCAGGAAAGAGCGGACAUGGUCGUUGAUCAAGGCGCAGAUCCAGGCGGUCAUCUGAUGGGGUCCAUCGCUCGCCUUUCACCUCACAAGCCGCCUGUGAUCAGAGAAGGCUCGUCCUCUAGCACAGUCGAGCAAGCAGCGCCGAACCAUCCACGAGAUUCUGUCGAGCCCGGGAGCGAUGUCAGAGAGCAGAGCAAUGGCGAUACUUUCAUAGUGCCGGACGCCUGUCGUGGAAGCACGGUGACCUACGAUGCCAACCCUGCGUGUCAGCGACACGUAUCGAAGGUCCGACCUGGUUUCUUUGAGGAGAACCAAGUCGUCGUGGGCAUGAGAUACGUCGUGUUAUGA